UUUCCGUUCCCAGCCCUCGAACACGCCGGUCGCUCCGCAGAUCGGCACAGGCCGUCUCCUCCCUCUGGCUCUCAUGGCUCGCUGACUUGGGCCGAGUUGAAACUUGUACGGUUUCCUUAACGUUUGACAAGACUCGUGAAUGAACUCAACAAUCUCCAACACCUGCUUCCAGGUCGUCGUAUGACAUCAUUGAAAGGGAAAAAGGAACGACUCUGAUUUUGGAAGAGUAAGUAACCGUCGCCAGCUCGUAACGUUUCGCAACCAUGACUCUUCAGGCCGCUUCGAAACAAUUUGGUGCUGUCGUCACUGCCUCCAGCGCCCCUAAACAUGAGUCGCUAGGCCGGGCCCCACCACAGCUGAAGGACGGCGUUCACACUUUCCUCUCGUUGGCCAAGAUGCACCCCGAGCUGCACCCCGCAGUGCUGGCUGCUAUCUUGGCACAGCCCGCGUCCGAGCGCCAGGCCCUGCUGCAGGCGGCGAGCGGUGCUGCCCAGCAGCCCUGCAGCCCACCUGCCUCGCAGCAGGCCAAGGGCGCCAAUGGCUUGACGCUGACGCCUUCCUCGGACUGCUCGGACGACGUGUGGGAGGACGCCGUGGAGAGCCUGGACCGCGACCCCAAAUCCCAGGCGCGCCCCGCCUCAGCAGGGACCCCUUCGGGGACAGCCCCGUCGGUGCCCAUGGCCUCGGUGGUGGAGGAUGCCCCCUCGGAGCUGCAGAGGCUGGAGCAGGAGGCGGCGGACUGCCACCGCGCCUGGCAGCAGAGCAGGCAGCUGGUGCACUGGACGCGCUACAACGACUGCCGCAACAGGAUGGCGCAGCUGAAGCGGCGCAACUCGGAGGACCCCGACACCCCCGACAGCAGGUUCGCGCAGCUGCAGGCGCAGCGGGAGGUGCACGAGCGGCGGCUCGUGGAGCUGGCCAAGCGGCGGGAGCGCCUGCGCUGGUCGCGGCGCUACCACGAGCAGACGCGCGCGCACCACACGCAGCUGGCGCAGGCGCAGCUGCAGGAGCGGCUGCGCGAGCUGGAGGAGCGGGCGCAGCUGCGGCGUCUGCAGCAUCUGCAGCGGCUGCAGCAGCUCGUGUCCGAGCUGUCCAUCAUGGACCAGGAGGACAUGGAGGAGAGGCAGAGGUCCACCACGACCAGGAGGAAGAUUGACGCGCCCAAGCCGGUCGACUCUUCCGUGGACGAGUUCACUCACGUCUGGGAUGACUUCUCUCACUGGGAGAAGAUGGUCAGCGACGACGUCAAGGAGAAUGAGGACCCCGCCGACGCGUCCACGGUGCCCUCUCAGAGCCCCGUGGGCACCCGGCGGCCCGACGUCCCGAUGCUCGCCAACCAACCCGACCUCAUCCCCGUGCUCCCGCCGGUGCCCGGCCAGGCCGGGCCCUGGCGCACUACCAGGUCGAGCAGCUGCAGCAGCAUUAGCAGCGGCGGUCAGCGGCGCAGCCCCGACUCUGGCUUCGAGGAGAGGAAGAAGUGGUUUGAGGAGGCGCUGCUCUCUUGGCACGCGCAGGAUGACGAGGAACACUUUGGCACGUCGCUGUACCCGUCGUCGUACGUGCGCGGGCGUGCCCAGGACCGCGCCGGGGAGCGCGCGCCGCAGUGGUCCCAGGCGGCGUGGAGCGCUUGGCAGGGACCUUCCUACACGAUUCAUUGAGCUCUUGCUCUGUUUUCUGGUCAAUCGUUUAGACUGAAUUUUUUAUUGGUCAGAAAAUGUAUUUUAAUUUGUUUUUCUUACCUAGUUGAUGUGUUUUUAAUGAGUGGCUUUUAACUUCAAGACUGAAUUAUGAAUUGAUAAUCAUUUUUUGGAACUUCAAAGCUUUACAAUUUUAUUGUCAGAUUUGUGUAAUUUUUAAAUCUUGAAUUUGUGUAAUGUCAUGUAAUUUUUUCUUAUGAAAUACUUAUAAUUAACGUUGUCUCUGACAUAAUUAUUAGAUUACCCUCCAUAUUGACUUUAGUGGCGACUUGUCACUUUAAUUGUUUUAAUUUAAUGUUGUGUGAAACACGAAAGUUGUCCAACUUUUGGGCUUGUAUAGAUCAAGUCAUUCAAGUUUCAGAUGUUUAAAAAUGAAAUAAAAUAUUAACUUUUUAACAA